AUGUUUUUAAAAUGAAAAAAAUAUAUAUUGCAACGUAAACGUUAAACUGAGUCAAACAUUCAUAUAUAUAAGUCAAUAUUAUUUUAGAUAUUGCCUAAAGAAAAAAGUUUAACUUGAUGUUUCUUGGCGUGCAAACUGUGAAGUGAAGCGGGGGCUAAAAUGGUUGGGGUAAAAAUUGAAAAAACAGUGAAAACUGAAAAGGAGAGCUUCGUGUGUGAUAUGCACAAAGUAAAAGGGUCAAUGAAGAGGGGCUCUAUAAAUUGGGUUUUUCUUCUCAUGCCAAAUCCUUCCCGUACGUUCUUCAACUGAGCUCCAAACUUGAAAGUUGAGACUCGAGACCAGCGGCUGCAGUCUCUCUCUCUCUCUCUCUCUCUCUCUCUAAAAUCGGACUUCUCUCUAGCCCUUUUUCUUUUGGCGGGACAAGAUGUCGGGGAAGGGCGCGAAGGGUUUGAUCACCGGCAAGACCUCGGCCGCCGCUGCCAACAAAGACAAGGACAAGAAGAAGCCCACUUCUCGCUCUUCUCGUGCCGGACUUCAGUUCCCAGUUGGCCGGAUUCAUCGGCUGUUGAAGUCCAGAACCACAGCACAUGGUAGAGUGGGAGCAACAGCUGCUGUCUACUCUGCCGCUAUUUUGGAAUAUCUAACUGCUGAAGUAUUGGAGUUGGCGGGGAAUGCAAGCAAGGAUCUCAAGGUUAAACGUAUAACUCCCAGGCAUUUACAGCUAGCAAUCCGGGGUGAUGAAGAGCUCGAUACCCUGAUAAAAGGAACCAUUGCUGGGGGAGGUGUGAUUCCUCAUAUCCACAAAUCUCUGAUCAACAAAUCUUCCAAGGAGUAGGUUACUAAUAGAUAAUAGAUGCGUGAUGGAAUUAUUUUUUGUCUUGUACUAGUUGUGACUUUGUUGGAUGUUACUGAAUCAGCAGCAGAGCCAUGCAAUUUGUGAUCAGAUUCUGUCAUGGAUAAAUUGACCUCAUGGCUCUCAACUAUGUUAGCUGAGGAUAAUGUUAUUUCCCUCUUGUAUUUAUGAAUUUUCAACUGCA